CAAGAGGUUUAUACAAGGUAGUUCGAUGUGCCGUAUUCGAUAUUUGCCUAGCCGCCAUAUUGUGUUUGCUGUUUGGGGCGAUGGGAAAUACCAUAUUUGGACCAAAAUACAUAGAGAAUCAGUUCAACGUCCCGACUUGGAAAGCAAAUGUCAUCUUAGGAGUUGAAAAGUUAGGAACAGGUAUAUUUGGAGUGUUUCUUGGAGGGUACCUAACAUCACGUCUGCGCAUGAGCAGACGGCAGUGCCUGAAGAUGGUUAUCAUCCUCAGCUUCCUGACAACGGCGUUAUCUAGCCUUGAGUUUAUUUUUGGUUGUGAAAACCCACCCAUUGGAGGAGUAGGCGGAAUAGCUGUUCCGGCGUCCGUGCAGAGCUGUCAAUGUGAGGGCGUACCAUACGAGGCGGUGUGCGGGUCGGACGGACAGACAUUCAUCACACCCUGUCAUGCUGGCUGUCACAACGUCACCGAAAAUGUAUACAGUGACUGUAGGUUUGUGUCAGGUGACCAGACGGCACGGCCUGGUAUCUGUGACAGCGGAUGUCAGUUUCUCAUUCCGUAUGUCGCCGUUUCCAUGGUUUCAACACUUAUUGCUACGAUGAGCAUCAUGCCAAUAUAUCUUGUGUUCCUCAG